AUGGUCAAGUUUGUGGCGUUCGCGGAGAACAACAUCCACUUCUCGUACUCGGUGUUCAAUGACAACAUGGACUACAUCAGCGUAGGUCACCGCGAGGACGUGUUCUUCCUGUGGUCGUUUGGCGGCGUGGCGGAGGGGCGGCUGCCGGGCGUGGUGGUCCCCGAGGUGUGGUACCACGCCUGCCACGUCUUUGAAAAGCGAGGCUACGUCGUCUAUUGGCAGGGCGAGGAGGUGUACACCGGGUCGCCGCAGGCCAGCUGGCCACUCCUCCUGAACGGGACGGUGGUGCUGGGCCAGGAGCAGGACCAGGUGGGCGGCGGUUUCGAUGCCACACAGGUGAGAGGGAGACAGCCGAGGAUAAGAAGGGUUUGGGGACAUCAAGAUGGGGACAUAAGAGGGUGA